AUGGCGAUUAAAUUAAGUUCCAAAUUGGCUUUUACAAAUUUGCUUAAAAAUGAAUAUCAAGCCAAGUUUAUUUCGCCGAUUAAGUGUUUUUGUAGUCAUACAGAUUCAAGAUUCAGUUCAGCCGUUAAAAAUUAUAUGAAAGCCGUUGAAGAAAAUGAAAAAUUUAUGCAAGAACAGAGAGAAGAGUUUGAGUUGGGAAAAAAGCAUUUAGCAAACAUGAUGGGACGUGAUGUUGAAAGUAUGGAUGAAAGAGAAAUUAAUAGGUCUAUUAAAUAUCUGUUUCCUAGCGGUUUAUUUCAUCGACUAGCGAGACCUUUAAUGAAACCCCCAGAAAAAGUUUUCAAACAAGAUAUUCAAAAUGCAGGACUUAAAGUUGAUGAAUAUGGUAGGCCUAAAAACUUUUUAAUAUACACGACUAAACCAAAUUUUUCUACAGCAUUGCAUCGACAAAGUUUUAAAUUGGGUCUAGAAAAUACUCCGAAGGCAAUGUCUUUUAUAGAAUCUGAAUGGAUGACAAAAAAAGAUUUAGAAGCUAAAUUUGCUGAAAAAUUAUACGAUGUAGAAUAUGAAAAGUUUUUAGAAGUUUAUAAUUUUUUGUUAAAUCAUCCUUACAAUGAAACAGCUGCAGAAUUAAUAAGAGAAUACAGAAAUCCGAUUAGAGCAUUUAAUUUUGAAAAGAAAAACAUUAACAUCGUUGAAAAAGAUGGAGUGAAAAUUGUCGAUUCAAACUUAUGUAAAAGAGAUACAUCAAUAGGAAGAGCUGUGCUCACAUAUCCUGGUACAGGAAAACUUUCAAUAAAUGGAGAAGGAAUUGAUUAUUUCGGUCAUUCGGAUAUGUUAUGUAGAGAACAGAGUCCCAAGGUACAUCCAGCCAUGAUUAAUAAUGAUAAAAGUAUUAUAACGAAUACGUUUUAUUUAAAAGUGUAG